AUGUUAGAAUCAAAAGAUGAGGAAAUACCUAGUACUGGUGUGAAUGUAACAUUACACCCUCCUCUAAAUUCAAGUGAUGACGUAACAGAUGAAGAUUCUGGUGCUGAAGAAAAUCCAAGUGUAGAUAAAUUACCAGCAAGUCAGCUCAAUGCUACUGCGCUUUGUGAUUUGGCCAUUUUCACCAAUGGUAAUGCUGUGAAUGCAACAAGGAAACAAUCCUUCACCUCUGAUGUGGUUCCAGGACCCUCCAAGAGUAUGAAAACAGCAACAAUAACAACAACAACCACAAACAAACCAGCAAGGCUAUCGAAGAAUAAAGUUCUAAACCUCAAGAAAUAUAACUGGAAAAGUGGUGAAAUUGUUAAUCCAACACCUGUAUGGCCUCUAAUGUUCACAGUUGGAAUGAAGAAAGGGCGAACACCGCUUGAAUAUUUCCAACAGUUUUUUGAUAACGAAGUGCUUCUAAUGAUGGUCACAUACACAAAUCAGUAUGCAGCCAAGAGAAAUAGACUAGGUGAUUGUUCAGAAGAUGAGAUGUUGGUGUUUAUUGCAAGACUUCUGCUAAGUGGAUAUGUAACAGUGUCACGCAGAAAGAUGUACUGGCAAUCAGAUAAAGACAGUCACAACGACCUCGUAACAAAUGCCAUGUCCAGAGAUCGAUUUGACUUCAUCUUUUCCAAUUUGCAUAUAUGCAACAAUGACAAUUUAGAUAAAUCAGACCGUUUUGGGAAAGUCCGCCCAUUACUGUGUAUGCUGAAUGAUAGAUUCAAACAAUUUGCACCUCACGUGCGGCAUCAUUCUGUCGAUGAAUCGAUGGUCCCAUACUUCGGAAGUCACGGGUGCAAACAAUUCAUAAAAGGGAAACCAAUCCGAUACGGAUUCAAAUUUUGGUGUGGAGGCACCAAGUGGUGGAUAUAUUAUUUGGCUCGAGCCCUACCAAGGAGCUGGCACGUGUAG